CCAGGAGAAGGUGCCCCCCAGUCGUCCCCCGUCGGUCGUUGGAGGUUUUGCAUCAACCAGACCAUCAGGAACCGGGAAGCCACCGGUCCUGGGGGACCCCCACCCAACCGAAGAGCCUUGGGGACAUCCCGCGGUGGUGACGUGGAUGCGGUCCCAGAUGUUGGUGGCCCUCAAGGGCCAGGGAUGGUUGUCACCGGACCCCAAGAACCAGGUGGCCCUCAAGGACCAGGGAUGGUUGUCACCGGACCCCAAGAACCAGGUGGCCCUCGAGGACCAGGGAUGGUUGUCACCGGACCCCAAGAACCAGGUGGCCCUCGAGGACCAGGGAUGGUUGUCACCGGACCCCAAGAACCAGGUGGCCCUCAAGGACCAGGGACGGUCAUUACUGGAGCGUUACAGCAGGAUGGACCUGGGGGACCAGAGAUGAUUGUCCCCAAAUCCAGUGACCUGGGUGUCCCCCAAGGACAGGAGAUGAUUGUCCUCAAACUCCACGAGCUGGACACACCCAAGGGACCAGAGACAAUUGUCCCCAAACCCCAUGAGCUUGGUGUCCCUCAAGGACAGGAGAUGACUGUCCCCGAACCCUGUGACCUAGGUGUCCCCAAAGGACUGGAGAUGAUCGUCACCGGACCCCAAGACCCAGGUGUCCCCCAAGGACUGGGGACAAUGGUCACAGGCGCUUGGGAACAGGAUGGACCCAGGGGACUGGGGACAAUUGUCACCGGACCCCAAGAGCUGCAUGAACCCAUGGGACCAGAGAUGAUCAUCUCCAAACCCCAAAAUCUUGGUGUCCCCCAAGGACCAGGGACAACUGUCACCAGCGCUUGGGAGCAGGAUGGACCUGGGCAACCAGACAUGAUCGUCACCAAACCUCAAGAGCUUGAUGACCACCAAGGACCAGAGACCAUCAUCCCUGGACACCAAGACCUGGGUGUCCCCCAAGGACAGGGGACAAUUGUCCCUGAAGCUUGGGAGCAGGAUGGACCAUGGGGACCAGAGACGAUUGUCCCCAAACCCCAAGAGCUGGACGUCCCCCAAGGACCGGAGACGAUCGCCAUCGGAGCUUGGGAGCAGGAUGCAACCAUGGGACCAGAGGACCCCCCCAACGGAGAGGACCCCGGGCCGUCCCACCGCCGCGGGGGGUUAUUUUGCCCUGGGGUUUAAUUGCCCCCGCCUGAAAAACCCCGUCAGCAAGAAGACCUGGGGGCGCAAGAUCAAAAGUUGGGCCCGGCGGCUCCGGCAGCCCCCCCCCCACUGCGGGGGGACCCCCCCGGCCAGGGGAGGUGGAGGAAUUUGGGGAUCCCCCCCGGCGGGGGCAUUGCCAGCCGCUAAUGAACCCUGAGUCGACCGACCCCCCUGAAACCGAAGGCGAUUGGGGGGAUCCCAGCUCGGAAAGUGAAAGUGGGGGGUUGGGGGGACCCCCCCAUCCCCCAGGGGCCCCUCCCCGCCCCCCCGGAUCCCCAUCAUCCCCCAUGAGCAGCGACGGGGAGACGGACCCUGAAGACGAAGAUUUACGGGUGGAGCUGCGAAGGCUGCGGGAAAAGCAUAUCCAGGAGGUGGUGACGUUACGGGCGCAGCAGGACAAGGAGCUGCAGGAGCUGCACGGGCGUCUCCGUGCCCUAAAAGAAGCUCGGGGGGACCCCCCAAAAUUUGGGGGACCCCCCCCGGGGGAUUAUGGGGGACUCCCUCAUCAUUGCCCCGGGGGGUCCCCCCGACGGCUUCGGGGUGCCAAGGGAAGAGGAAGGGGAAGGGGCGCGACAAUGACAGGCCCCAUAACCCCCCCAGCCCCCCCAACCCCCCCCCCCAGCCCCUCAAAAAAAGGGGCUCUUCACCGAUGACCUGCACCGGCUGGUGGAUGAGUGGGUGCAGGAUACGGCCCGAGCCCAGGGGACCUCGUCGUGGGUGGCCACCCUCCGCGGCACCCGGAUGACCCCCCCAAAAUGGGGAGGGGUACCGCCCCCCAAAACCAACCUCCAUGGGGGGGGGCAGCCCCCUCCCACCAGGGGCUGAGUGAAGGGGGGGCCCCCCGGUACCCUAAAACUGCUGCUCCUCCCCCAAAUCCCCUUGUUUUACCCCCACCCCCCCUAUUUUGGGUGCCACCCCCCGUUCCCACAUCCCCCUUCCCCGGGUGACCCCAAUUUUCGGUCCCCAAAUCGCCUCAUUUCACCCCCCUCCUUGGUUUGGCCCCCCUGUAGGGUGAACCCCAAUUUUCAUCCCCCAAAUUGCCUCAUUUUACCCCCAAAUCCACCUUUUUGGGGGUCUGAUGCCCCCCCCGGGGGUUGAUCCCAGUUUUCACCCUCAAAAUCACCUUGUUUUGCCCCAAAACCCCCUUUUUUGUGGCCUGCCCCCCACCAUGUAGUGACCCCAAUUUUCGGCCCCCAAAUCACCUCGUUUCAUCCCAAAACUUCUUUUUUGGGGCCUAUUGCCCCUUUUUGGGCCUUCCCCAUGAGGUGGCCCCACUUUUUGGCCCCCAAAUCACAUUGAUUCACCCCAAAACCCCCUUUUUUGCAGCCUGCCCCCCACCAUGAGAUGACCCCAAUUUUCAGCCCCCAAAUCAUCCCAUUUCACCCCAAAACUCCUUUUUUGGGCCUAUUGCCCCUUUUUAGCCCCCCCCCAUGAGGUGACCCCAGUUUUUGGCCCCAAAAUCGCAUCAAUUCACCCCCAAACCCCCUUUUUUGAGGCCUGCGCCCUCCCCAUGGGGUGACCCUACUUUUCGGUCCCCAAAUCACCUAAUUUCCCACCCAAAACCCCCAUGUUUUGCCCCAUCAUGAGAUGACCCCACUUUUCAGACGUUAAAUCACCUCGCUUCCCCCCCAAACCCCCUUUUUUGGGCCUAUCCCCCUUUUUGCUCCCCCCCCAUGAGGUGACCCCAAUUUUUAACCCUAAAUCAGCCUCGUUUCACCCCAAAACCCCAUGGGUUGAACCCCAACCCCUCGCUCACCCCCUCAUUUGCCACCAAAUCCCUGUUUUUGCCCCCGAAACCACUGGGAGCCCCAAAACUGCCGUAUUUCACCCCAACCCGCCCCCCACAGGCCUGGGAUUCCCCUUAACGCAGCCAUGGUGGGGUGUGGGGGGGAACUGGCUAUACUGGUGUUACUGGUGACCCCCUCCCCCAUUCUGGUCGUACUGGUACGACUGCCCCUCCCCCACUUUACCCUCCCCCCCCCCCCCCAGCCCAUUUUUGGGUCAUUUCUUCAUGUUUUCUGCCCAUCUACCUCACCCUUCACCAGACAGCGAGGUUUUGGGGUGAAUUCCUGGGUGUUCUGGUUCUGGGGAGGAGGGAGGCGUUUAAUUUGGGGGGGGGAAAUUACUAUAAAGUUCGUAAAAGAAACCCAAAACAGAGAAAUAAAAGCGUGGCGCCACUCCCAAGAUGGCGGCUCCCGCCUCAAGAUGGCGCCGCCCCCCCCCCCCGCCAUGCACCGCCUAUGGGGAGGCGGGUGGGCUCGCCCUUCUCAAGAUGGCGUCCGCGCCCUUCUCAAGAUGGCGUCGCGACGCGGUCAAAAUGGCGCCUCGGCCCCGCCCUCUCCCUCCCCGUUUCCGCGUUUGAAUAAAACUUUAUCGGGCGGCCGGAGCCGGGCAGGAGCCGCGGCGGCGGCGGCGGAACCGGGGCCGGGCCGGGAACGGGCGGCGGUAACCGGGAGGUGGCGGUGGAACGGCCGGGAGAGGCCUCAGGCCUGGCCGGUGGGGCCUGCGGCCUAGUUGGGAGGUGGCGGUGGGGGACGCGUAGGCCUCGCGGGGAGCCCGGGGCCUUGUAGGCCUUUGAGGGGGGGGGGGGAAGGACCCUAUAGAGCCGGGGGGGGGGGGUGCUGGGGCCCUAUAGGCCCUUUAGGGGAGCUCGGGGCCCUGUAGGCGCUUGGAGGGGGCCUGGGGCCCUACAGGCCCCUUUUGUGGGGGUGGGGGGUUAGGGCCUUGUAGGCGUUUGGGGGGGGUCUCAGGGACCUAUAGAGGCUGGGAGACCCUAUAGGGCCUUUUGGGGGGUGUCCUAGGGCCCUGUAGGAUCUUUUAGGGUUGUCCCAGGGUCCUAUAGAGCUGUGGAGGCCCUACAGGCUCUUUUGAGGGGGGGGGCAGGGCCCUAUAGAGCAAGGGAGACCCUAUAGGAAUUUCUGGGGGGAGCCCAGGGCCUUAUAGAGCCGGGGACACCCUAUAGGCCCUUGGGGGGGGGUGUCCCAAGACCCUAUAGACCCUUUUGGGGGUAGUCCAGAGCCUUAUAGAGCUGGGGAGACCUUAUAAGUCCCUGGGGGGGGUGUUCCAGGCCCGUAUAGAUCUGUGUAGGGGGGUUGUUGUGUCUCCUAAGUCCCUAUAGGGAGACUCAGCUGCCCCCCACGAGGCGGGGAGCGUAUAGGGAAGCAUUAAAGGGGGGUGGGUGGCUAUAGGGGAGGGAUUCCUAUAAGGGGUCGCCUAUAGAAAAGCCAAAAGAGAGUGUUUUAUAGGGGGGGGGGGGGUCACGGGAAGGGGUUUAUAGGGAUCUAUAGGGCAGUGGGGCGGAUGUCCUGGGCUGGGGGACUGGGUUGGGGGGGUCUAUAGGGGUGCGGGAGGGGGUCUGUAGGGUCAGGGGUGCCCCUAUAGGGGGUGGGGGGGGGGGGGGGGGCAUGGCCUCGGUACCCGUAUACUGCCUGUGCCGGCUGCCCUAUGAUGUCACCCGCUUCAUGAUCGAGUGUGAUGGCUGCCAGGACUGGUUCCACGGCAGCUGCGUGGGGGUGGAGGAGGAGGCGGCGGCCGAGAUCGACCUCUACCACUGCCCCAAGUGCGAGGUGCUGCACGGCCCCUCCGUCAUGAAGCGUCGCCGGGGUCCCCCAAAGCCUCCGGAGGUGGAGCCGGGUCGCCCUGUCCGCACCGGCAGCGCCCAGUUCGUCCGGGAACUACGCGGUCGGACUUUCCCCAGCGCUGACGAGGUGCUGCUCCGACCGAGCGGAGCCCAGCUGACAGUGGAAUACCUGGAAGAAAAAACCUUCAGCGUUCCCAUCUUGGUAGCCCGGAAAGAAGGAUUGGGAAUGACGUUACCCCCCCCCACCUUCACCCCGCGGGAUGUAGAACAUUAUGUGGGGGCGGAGAAGAUCAUCGACGUCAUCGAUGUGGGGAGACAAGCCGACUGCAGGAUGCGCCUGGGGGAUUUCGUCGCCUAUUUGGGGGGAGCCCGACGCGACCGCGUCCUCAACGUCAUCAGCCUGGAGUUCUCUGACACGCGCCUUUCCAACCUAGUGGAGACACCACGGAUCGUCCGGAAGCUGUCGUGGGUGGAAAACCUAUGGCCGGGGGAAUCGGCGUGCGAACGCCCCAGCGUGCAGAAAUAUUGUCUGAUGGGCGCCCGCGACAGCUACACCGACUUCCACAUCGAUUUCGGGGGGACCUCCGUCUGGUAUCACGUCCUGAGGGGUGAGAAGAUCUUCUACCUGGUGCGACCCACGGCGGCCAACCUGGCUUUGUUCGAGGCUUGGAGCAGCUCCCAAAAUCAGGGCGAGCUUUUUUUUGGGGACCAAGUCGAUCGUUGUUAUCGUUGUCCUCUUCGUCAAGGCCAGACCCUCUUCAUCCCCACCGGUUGGAUCCACGCCGUGCUGACCCCCGUCGACUGUUUGGCUUUUGGGGGGAACUUCUUGCACAGCCUCAACAUCGAUAUGCAGCUCAAGGCGUAUGAAAUCGAGAGACGCCUCAGCACCGCCGACCUCUUCAAGUUCCCCAAUUUUGAGACUGUCUGCUGGUACGUGGGGAGGCAUCUCCUGGACACCUUCCGAGGGCUCCGGGAGAACCGCCGGCACCCCGCUGCCUACCUGGUGCAUGGGGCCAAGGCGCUGACGGCCGCUUUCCGCGCUUGGACCCGCAAGGAGGUGUUGGGGGAACACGAACAUGAGAUCCCCGAAACUGUCCGGCCAGGGCAGCUCAUCAAGGAGCUGGCGAAGGAGAUACGGCUGGUGGAGGAUCUCUUCCAGCAGAGUGCCGGGAAAUCGGGGUCCCCCUUUGGCCCCCCCCGGGGGGUCCCACCUCCCCUGAAAGACCCACCCCUCAAAAAGGGGGGUCCCCGCAAGCCCCCCCCCAUGCCUCGCCCCCCUGACGAGGGGGGGACCCCAAAACCCCCCCCAGCCCCCCAAGAUGAGGAUGAAGAGCCUGACCCCCCCAGUUCAAGCCCUGAGGAGACAGACCCCGAUUCGGAGGGGGACCCCCAAAUUCUCCUGGCCAAUGGCGGAGCCCGGUCACGUCAGAGCCGCCCGGGGGGGCGUUGGGGGUCCCGCCCCCCCCCCGUCUCCCCCGUGUUCCCCCCCCCAGCCCCCCCCCUGGACCUGGACUCGGAGGAGGAUCUGCAGAUCGACGAGACCCCCCCCCGCCGUGGCCCCCGCCGCCUCCCCCGGCUCCCCCGAAAACUCCCCCGCGCCAAACCCUGCUCGGACCCCAACCGGGUGCGGGAGCCGGGAGAGGUCGACUUCGAUAUCGAGGAAGAUUAUACGACGGAGGAGGAGGAGGGGGGAGCGGGGGGGAGCGCGGCCGGCAUCCUCGACCUGCUGAAGGCCAGUCGGCAAGUGGGGGGCUCAGAGUACCCCCAACUUAGUGAGGCCCCCGCCUCCCCCAGCACCCGUGAAGCCAUCCAAGGCAUGCUCUGCAUGGCCAAUCUCCCAGCGGGGACCCCCCUGGGCCCCCCAAAUUGGUGGUCUGGGGGUUCAGGACCUGAUCGGGGGGGGGGUCCUGGAAUUUCGGGGGGUCCCCGCCGUCCCCCCCCAGCCCCCCGAAGUACCGACAGCGAGGACGAAGCCAGCAUGGACGAACAAGACAGUUUGGGGGCUUGCUUUAAAGACGCCGAAUACAUUUAUCCGUCGUUGGAGUCAGAUGAGGAUGACCCAGCUCUGAAAUCGCUCCCCAAAAAGAAGAAAGUCACCGAUGAUGCACCCUGGAGCCCCAAAGCCCGGGUCACCCCCACGCUGCCCCGGCAGAGCCGCCCAGUUCGGGAGGGGACGCGGGUGGCAUCGGUGGAGACGGGGCUGGCGGCCGCUGCCGCCAAACUGGCCCAGCAGGAGCACCGCAAGCUGCAGCGCAGGAAGGGCCCGACCAAACGCCGCCCCCCCCCCUCGCCCCCCUCCCCUGAAGAGGAGGAAGAGGAGGAAGAAGAAGACGACGACCCCCCCGAACCAGAGCCAGAACCUGAAGGGGAACCUGAAGGGGACCCCGAAAUUGAGCUUGGCGGGGGGGAACCAGAAACAGACCCCCCCCCACCACCGGAUCCCCCUUACCCUCCCAGUUUGGCUGAUCACGAAUAUACGGCUCGUCCGGGGGGGGGCGACUGUUUUUGGGGUGCCCAGCCGGGACGAGCCCCCACCCCGAUGGCACCCGGAGUCUUCCUCACCCAACGCCGGCCCCCUCCCGCUUCGGCCGCUGCCGCCCAGGGAAAACGCCCCAAAAAGGGGCUGGCUACGGCCAAGCAGCGCCUGGGCCGGAUCCUCAAGAUCCAUCGCAAUGGGAAGCUGCUGCUCUGAAGAGGGGGGCGGGGCCGGCGGCGGGCCACGCCCACACGGGGGUGGGGCUAGCGGCAGGCCACACCCCCCACCUUGGGCUCUGCAUUCACUGCAGGGGAGAGCUGGUGUAGGGAGGGGGUGUGGCUAAGGUGGGGCCACGCCCAUAGGGUGGGGUUGGAGUGGGGCCGCCCAGUGGGGGUGUGGCUUGCGGCAGACCACGCCCCCCCCCCCGCCGCAGGUGGAGCCCCGCCUGCUUUGUACCCACUGCAAGGCAUUGAUGCUGAGCUGAGGGUGUGUGGUCAGGUGGGGCCACGCCCACGGGAGAGGGCGUGACUUGCGGGGAGACCACACCCCCCACCGCAGGCGGAGCUCCGCCUGCAGCCAGUGCAGGGAAGAGCGGCUGCUCUUAGGGGGUGUGGCCACGCGAGCCCACACCCACCGCGAGGUGUCGCCAGGCCACGCCCACGCAGGGGCGGAACUGCCGCCAGGCCCCGCCCACCGCGGGAAACUGCUCCUUGCUCCUUCCCAUUGGUUGCCGCCGAGACGGAGGGGGCAGGACUUUCUUUCCCAUUGGAUGCCGCCAAGAGAGGAGGUGAUUGGAGGAGCCAGGCCCGCCCUCGGACUGGAGAAGGAGCGGAGCUUUCGCUGAUUGGUUCCCACUGGAUUUUUUUUUUUUACCCCCUCCCCCACGUGUCUUCAGGUUGAUUGACGGGGGGGUGGGGCCGCUUCCCAUUGGCUGCCCCCGGUUUUGUAGGCGUGUCCGGAGGCCGCGGCCCCGCCCCCACUUUUGUAUUUGUUAGAAUAAAAGGAGAAAAAAAGGCAAA